AAGGAUGCCAUUGCUCGGUUCGCAGCUGCUGAGCAGAGUUUUGGAAGACCUGCUCUCUGGGGAAAGAGACCAUGUGGCUUCCACUUGAAGGUGUCCUUCUGAGAGUGGGGAUAUUACUCAUGACCAUCUCCAUGCCUGGGAAAGGGAUCUCAACAGGUGACAAAACGUGGUGGGAACAACCUGAGGUUUCAGCCUUAAGAGAAUUGGAGACCCAAGGAACAGGGCCGUUUUCAAGAGCCUCCGGUUUUAGAGGACUGGGACCGAAGGUCGCCACAAAUGAUCCAGAAAGUGACCUCCAAGGACCAAGUCCUCAUCAGCACUUGGCUGAAGAAGAGGAGAAGCCCCAGAGUUCAUGGCCCCGAUUUUACUCCCAGGCUUGGCUCAACAGGGGCCCGGAGGAACCUGUGUGUCGGGUGAAACUGGACAGGGCAGGGGACCAGGCCCCCAACCACUUGGAGGUGGUGGGUCUCCUCACCAGCCACGAGAGCGGCUUCCUGAAGGCGCUGAGCAGAUCCACCUGGAGCGACGGAGACCUGGAGGAGUUUGGGCUGUGCCCCUCUGACGUCCCUCACUCCCUUCUCUCCUCUCUGCAGCGCAUCAGCGGCUAUCUGGCAGAUCCCGGGGACAGCCGCUUUCUCCUUCUGCACCUGGAGGAAGUCCAGUGGAAGGCAGAAACGAAGCUGAAGUUUCAGCUGACCUUGCCGGAUGAUGUGGAGCCUCCUGUUGGCUCUCUGCAGCUGGCCUUUCUAGUCUUCUACCGCGGGAGGAAGGAAGGGGCCACCCCCAGCCCCAGGGAGAAGUUCCUCGUGGGAGGGGAAGGCCUCCAUCAGAAGCAGAUUAUCUGCCUCUCCAAGGCGACCCGCUACCUCAUCCUCAAGGGCUCCCUGAUGUUGAGAAGGAACAUCCCUGGUCAGCUCAGCUUCCAGGUCUCCUUGGCCAUCCGGCGUCACGGCAACAGGGACGUGGCCCUUUCCCCUCAAGAGGCGCAGGAGUUACUUUUUGGCUUUGACGAAAAAUGUUUCACCCGCAUGACCCCCUCUGUGCUGCUGGUAGCCGAACAAAGGCCAGGUGGGGCGGCGGCUGCGUCCUCUUCCUUCCUCGCUGCAAAAGGUGUGGUGGAGACAGCCCCGUAUCUCAGGCCCAGCUCACCAGCCUUGGGCAUUGUCGAGCCUCCUGCCAACGCCACAGCCGGCCACCCGAAUAUCUCGGCCCCAGCGCCUCCCCUCAGCACCGGGCAGUUCAUAGAGGCCCUCUCUCAGUUCGUCAAUCAGGUCUUAUGGCCCUCGGGGAAGCCGCCUUCCACCGCCAGGUCCCGCCUCCAGUUGGACUUUGAGACGGUGGAGGCCCUCCCACAUUGGUCGUUCAACCUGUCGGAAGAGGUGGCCUUGGAGUGGCUCGUCCAGUCUGAGGACCACUUGGUGGUGCUCUUCCCGGAGGACAGCCAAGCCCUGAUGGAGCAAGAUCUCGGCCAGUGGUACCUGGAAGGGCGGUUGUUAUGGCAACUGCUGGAGAAACUGAGCUCCAUCAUCCAGGAGCUGAAGGGCAUCCCGUCCUUCCAAACAAAUGCUGGCCUCUUCCGUAACCUCCUUGGGUCCUGCUACUACCCUUCGGGGUCCGCCUCAGGGACGGCCGGUGGUGAGUCCAGGGCCACCGGCCAGCAGGAGGGUUCGAGUCGUCUGAGAAAACUCCACAGCCUCUUGCUGCUGAAAGCGCUGCAGGCCGUGCGGGGCCACUGGCGGGAGUCGAAGAAGGCGCCCCGGGCCAAUCGCAGCACCCAGCCGCAGGAGAACUACUGCCGCCUGAGGGAGCUCCGGAUAGAUCUGGUCUCCAUGGGCUACAUCAUCCUGCCCGAGUGGUACCACGCCAACAACUGCGUCGGGCCUUGCCGGAGCCCCCUGUCCACCCGUAUCACCGACUACUACAGCCACACCCUCUUCCUGCUGCGCAUGCACGAGCAGGGCCUGCCCCUUCAGCGCGCCCCUUGCUGUGUCCCCGUGAAAUAUUCCCAAAGCGUAAUUGUAACCUUCACCAGCGACCAAGGGCUGAAAGUGAAGAGGUACCCCGACAUGGUGGCGGAGGCGUGCGGCUGUCGGUAACGAGGGACCCUGUCUAACGCUCCCUGGCUUUCUGGGGAAACCUGCCUCACGCAGAGCUGUUGAUAUUGGCUUGUCUCCCCACCACCACCACAACUCCCCAGCUUUUGGGGCAGGGGGAAUUAAUCCUGCUUGGAGAAAAACAAAACACUGCUUCCUGUGUCAAUGUAUGCACAAUGAACGCAUCUGCCCCAUAA